UUAUGAGUAUGUAGAUAAUGGGAACUUGGAACAAUGGCUCCAUGAGGAUGUUGGACCUUCCAGCCCUCCUACUUUGGUAUAUUCGAAUGAACAUUAUAAUUGGUACAGCAAAAGGGUUACUGUACUUGCAUGAAGGGCUAGAGCCAAAGGUAGUUCACCGAGAUGUUAAGUCAAGUAACAUUCUGCUCGAUAAGCUGCUUGAUAAGCACUGGACCCCCAAGGUUUCAGAUUUUGGACUGGCCAAGCUAUUGGGCACAGGGAGGACCUAUGUCACAACCCGUGUGAUGGGAACUUUUGGGUACGUGGCUCCCGAGUAUGCUAGCACUGGUAUGUUAAAUGAAUCAAGUGACAUGUAUAGUUUUGGGAUUCUUAUCAUGGAGAUAAUAUCUGGUCGAAACCCAGUUGACUACAGCAGGCCUACAGGCGAGGUUAAUCUGGUAGAUUGGCUUAAGACAGUGGUGAGUAAUCGAAAUUCUGAAGGUGUCCUGGAUCCAAAGAUUUCCGAGAAACCAUCAUCAAGGGCAUUAAAGAACACUUCUAGUUGCAUUGUGGUGUGUGGAUCCUGACUCAAGGAAGAGGCCAAAGAUGGGACAUGUUAUACACAUGCUUGAAGUUGAUGAUUUUCCAUACCGAGAUGUA